AUGAUUGGCUAUGAGGUUAUAAAUGAUUGGUGGAGUUGGGAAAUUGAAGUUCUGAAGUGGGAACGAGAAUUGUCAGCGAACGGUCUGCCGCCGUCCUGUCCCUGGAGCCUGAGCCGCGCAUCUGUCACCGAACCAGAGGAGUUCAUCCUUGAUGAGUCGCCGCCAUCUUGCCUCUGCCGGCGAGCACGAAGAGAGAGGGAGACGGGAGUUUGCACAGCAGUGAGAGGGAGAGCGCGACAGGGGAGACCAUCGCCGCCUGGGUUGCCGUCGCCGGGCCUCCUUGUCGUCGCCAGUUCUGCUUGUUCUGUCGCCGAAAAACUCGUCGCUGUGGGGGUCUCACUGCCGCCGUCCUUGUUGUGGCUGGUGUCGUCACCGCGGAAGCCACCUGCGUCACCACUGGAGGAAGGGAGAUCUGCACCGUUGCUACGGUUUAUGCCGCCGGAAUUGCUCUGCCGCUGCCAGAAUUUCUGGUCGCUGCCGUUCUGGGGCUGUCAUAUGUUACGUUGUCGCUGCCGGAGGACCUGUGGCUCUGCAUUUCCGACCGCUGGUGGUGGCACGGGUGUUGCUGGAAACACCAUCGGAACUGCCGCUACUCGGUGUAGUUGUUCUUCCCUUGUUGCGGGAUUAGAAUCCGAGUUUACUUGUGGCGUUGAGGUUGUUUCUUCUAUUGAGGAAAACAAGCGGAGCUGAGGAUUUGGUUGCCGUCAGUUCGGG